GGAGCAAACGCUUGUUUUCUCCCAUCCUUCCUCCUGCCACGCGAACGCAGCGUCAAUGGUGCCGUCUACUUCCUGGUUCAGAGGUCAACCCGCAGAGAAGAGGAUCCGAGAAACGUCCACGAAAACCGACGGAAGAGACUCGACGACAUGGACUCGAAGCAGGCGCCUCAGAAAUCCCACACCAUCCUGCUGGUGCAGCCCACCAAGAGGCCCGAGGGGAGGACGUACGCUGAUUACGAGUCGGUCAACGAGUGUAUGGAAGGCGUCUGUAAGAUGUACGAGGAGCAUUUGAAGAGGAUGAACCCCAACAGUCCGUCGAUAACGUACGACAUCAGCCAGCUGUUCGACUUCAUCGACGACCUGGCGGACCUCAGCUGUCUGGUGUAUCGAACCGACACGCAGACGUACCAGCCGUACAACAAGGACUGGAUCAAGGAGAAAAUCUACGUGCUGCUUCGCCGUCAGGCCCAGCAGGCGACCAAGUGAAGCCUCCGAGGAGCUGAGGGGACGGUGGAGAGUCCAGGGGAGGGGUGUGUGUUUGUGUGUGUGUGUGUGGGRGGGGGGGGGGGGGGGGGGGUAGUGUUAUUUUUACUGUGUGUAACUAGUGUUUACAAAGUUUGACCCAACUUGUUUUUGAAAGUAUUUUUUCUCCUUCACGGAGGGGAGGUGUAUUUUCUAUCUUAAUGUUUGACUUAUUAAUAAAGAUUUCAUUUUGAAUAAGUCUCUGAA